GCUCAUUGGUCGCGAAGGAGGAAGAUGCGAUGGCCAUGGAGACUGGACUGGGGACUUUUCAAAGCAUCCCACUGAUGUGAUUAUUAUUGUGAAGUGAUAUCGAGGCGUUGACUCUUCACGGUAUGUAGAGUGGGGCCCUCUGGAUUUUUACCUACUGGACUCUGGUCGGCUUCCCGUCUCCGCGCCUGGUACUGUUUGUUUUGGCGGACCGUUUGAUGACAUGUCGGGCCUGUGGCGCGGCUUUGUAGGUGAAGUCACUCCCUAGAAAUGUAGCUUGGGGUUACAACACUGCUAGACCUAUCACUGAAGGUAUUGCUGUGUGGACGAUGCACGAGCGAUGUCUGAUGUGGAGGCCACGUACGCAGACUUCAUCGCCUCUGGCAGAACAGGACGAAGGAACGCCAUGCACGACAUCCUGCAGAGUCCCACCGACCCCGAGGGACGUGAACUGCCCCUCACCUUGUCUCUGUCCCAGCUGCACAUCAACGCAGGAGGGGGAGAUGGAGACGACACCGAGGACAGCCAGAGCUCCUCUUCCUCCUCAGCCCACAGGGAUGCUGAGCAGAGGAACAGCUAACCUGCCACACACUCCUGCCAGUGGACACAGAGCCGCAAGACAGAUUCCAGAUGCCGUCGUGAUGAGGUUGUUGGUCCAAAGUGGGCUGGUAGCCGGAGGGUAGCGCCACCACUGUUGUGGUGCCUAUAAGCAGGGCACUGACCCACCCAAAAUCCACUGAAUAGGCGCUGUGCUGCGAUGUGAUCACCCAGUGCUCUCAUGUCCCUGUGGCUCUACUGUGCACUAGAAUAACAGACUGUUGGCAGGGGUGUUUUUCAGAGUUUGGGUAAGCAUAGAGACACAUUUGUAGCUCUUGUACAGCUGAUUUAACUUUCAGUCGUACUUACUAAACACACAGGCUGGACUAUUGGAAUGAAAAGAGAAAAUAGACAGAGAUCAUAUGUGAGUUUUGUAGUUGUGCAGGUAAUCUGUAAGACACUGAGAUGUGCUGAUGUAAUGGACCACAGUGGGAGUGGCAUGUUUGUAGUGAUGCUGAUAGAGAUUAUAUUGCCAGUUAAUGGCUUGUGCUUCCUUUGAAUUGACAAUACUGUAGAGGGAAUUGGACCACUCAGCUGUCGUAGAGCUGGAGAACAACAUGAACAAAAACACUGGGGCUCAGUUACUUUAUCUGUUGAAAGGUGUGUUCACUGAUUCUGUUGUGUUCGGUGGGCAAAAUUCAGUCAUGUGCUAGGUGUGAAAUUGCAGAAGGUAGGAGAGCGUUGAGAUGAUGGUGUGACACCAACAUUAGUAAAUCAUACAUUUACACUGAAUAUGGAUGACAUGUUUCAACGGCUCAGUGGUUAACAGAAGAAGAAGCAAU